AUGACCAAUGAAAUUAAAGCUACAUUAGCGACUGAAGUUUCGAAUAUGAAGAAUUCAAUCAAUAAGGUACCUGGAUUAGGCGUAAUAUCGGUGAGAAAAAGACAAGAUUCACUCACAUUUGUAUGCAUCAAAAAAAAAGCUUGCGAACAAGUUGGAAUUGCCUCAGUAGUAACAGAGCUUCCUGAAGAGUGUACAGAAAGCGAAGUUCUCGAUGCUGUUUCAAUGUUAAAUCACAACGAAUCAGUCCAUGGCAUUCUUGUCCAGCUUCCAUUACCCAAUCAUUUGUGUGAGGAGAAGAUUAUAAUUGCAGUGAAAGUUGAAAAAGAUGUGGAUGGUUUUCAUCCUGUGAACAUGGGAAACCUUGCAAUGAGAGGAAGGGAGCCUUUGUUUAUUCCUUGUGCCUCUUUAGGGUGUAUUGAGGUGCUUAAUCGAUGCAGUGUAGAAAUUUUAGGUAAUAAAGUAGUGGUAAUUGGAAGAAGCAUGAUUACUGGAUUACCCACUUCCUUGCUAUUACAGAGACAUCAUGCUACAGUAAGCGUUGUGCAUUCAUUCACACAGAAUCCAGAGGAAAUAACAUGUGAAGCUGACAUUUUGGUUUCAGAUGUUGGAGUUCCAAAUUUGAUUAGAAGUCAUUAG